AAGAAAAACAGAAAAGCCUAGAAGCGUCGUGAUAGAUCGUUCCUCUUCCAGUUCCAGUCUUCCCUCCCCCUCGCCUCGCCAAUCCAAAAAUCCAAGAGAAACCACGCACGCGAACAAGGCACAACGACCCCGUGCUCCCCUGAGCUCGUCCCCCCACUUCCGCGUUGACCCCGAGCAAGCGGCAGUAGCAAGCCUCUCCGCCCACACUGAUGGCUCUGGUGACCUCGGGCUCGGGCGCCGGGCCGGUGAUCAACGAGGUGGAGAUGAACGGCGGCGCUGACCCGAGCGCGACCACCGUGCGCGCCACCGUCGUGCAGGCCUCCACCGUCUUCUACGACACCCCCGCCACUCUGGAUAAAGCAGAGAGAUUGAUAGAAGAGGCUGCCGGGUAUGGUUCACAGUUAGUUGUGUUUCCGGAAGCUUUCAUUGGAGGCUAUCCUCGAGGAUCCACUUUUGGUUUUGGGAUCAGUGUUAGUAUUUCUAAUCCAAAAGACAAGGGAAAGGAAGCAUUCCAGAGGUAUCACGCAGCUGCUAUAGAUGUGCCUGAAGGACCUACAGGUCCAGAGGUGACACGCUUGGCUGCUAUGGCUGGAAAAUAUAAGGUUUUCUUGGUGAUGGGGGUGAUUGAAAGGGAAGGUUAUACACUUUAUUGUUCAGUGCUCUUCUUUGAUCCUCUUGGCCGUUAUCUGGGUAAGCACCGCAAGCUCAUGCCUACAGCAUUAGAGAGAAUUAUAUGGGGUUUUGGAGAUGGAUCGACAAUUCCUGUUUAUGAUACUCCACUUGGAAAGAUUGGGGCCCUUAUUUGCUGGGAAAAUAAAAUGCCACUUUUGAGGACAGCGCUUUAUGCUAAAGGUAUUGAGAUAUAUUGUGCCCCCACUGCUGAUUCCAGGCCUGUUUGGCAAGCCUCCAUGACGCAUAUUGCCUUGGAGGGUGGAUGCUUUGUCUUGUCAGCAAACCAAUUCUGCUGCAGAAAGGACUAUCCUCCCCCACCGGAGUACGAGUUUGGUGGUUUAGGUGAAGAGCCCUCUGCAGACACUGUUGUUUGCCCUGGAGGCAGCGUUAUCAUCUCUCCAUCUGGAGAAGUCUUGGCAGGUCCCAACUACGACGGAGAGGCGCUGAUUACAGCCGACCUUGAUCUGGGAGAAAUUGUUCGAGCCAAGUUUGAUUUCGACGUGGUGGGCCACUACGCUCGACCUGAGGUCCUGAGCUUGGUCGUGAAUGACCAGCCACAGCUCCCUGUGUCCUUCACUUCUUCAGCUGAGAAAACUCCAGCAAUGAAGAGUGAUAGCAGUGCUAAGUCUUACUGAUUGACUAUGACCCGACCAUGAACCGAACCAAUAGCUUGGUGGCUGGUAGGGUCUGUCUUGGAUGGGAGUUGUAACUUUUGAACUCGUAUCUCUCUUUAGUGAAUGUAUAUAGGAAGGUGGAAAACAUGGCAGACGCACCUAGUGUUCCUUGUUGCUUGUAAAGGAAUGCACAGCGUCUCAAUGAUAAACAACGUCUAUGCAGGUUGUGCCCUCUCAACAAAGUAGUCCUCGCAGCUGCGUGUUCA